AUGAACUUCAAAUCCAUUUUCCUGUCUUUUUUCUUGGUCCUGGCCGUCGGGCUUGCCCUGGUCCACGCCGAAGAGGCCAAGGAGCCUCGGGGCCCCAAGAUCACCAGCAAGGUCUACUUUGACAUUGAACACGGUGACAAGCCCCUCGGUCGAGUUGUGCUUGGUUUGUACGGAAAGACUGUUCCCAAGACCGCUGAGAACUUCCGCGCUCUGGCUACUGGCGAGAAGGGUUUCGGCUAUGAGGGAUCUACCUUCCACCGUGUUAUCAAGGACUUCAUGAUCCAGGGUGGUGACUUCACUCGUGGUGAUGGAACCGGCGGCAAGUCCAUCUACGGCGAGAAGUUCGCCGACGAGAACUUCAAGAUCAGGCACACCCGCAAGGGUCUCCUUAGCAUGGCCAACGCCGGCAAGGACACCAACGGUUCUCAGUUCUUCAUCACCACCGCCAUUACUGCCUGGCUUGAUGGCCGCCACGUCGUCUUCGGCGAGGUCCUUGAGGGCUACGAGAUCGUCGAGCAGAUCGAGAACGUGCCCAAGGGCCGUGGCGACAAGCCCGAGCAGGUGGUCAAGAUCGCGAAGAGUGGAGAGCUGGAGGUUGAGGAUACCCCCAGCGAGAAGAAAGGCGAAGAAGAAGAGAAUGAAGAAGCCAUUAUCACGGAUAGUCCGCCAGAGGUUGCACCAGUCGUCCCAGCACCAUCCUCGAUUUCUCUACCCGGGUUCGCCGUCUUUGUCGUGGCUAUCGCGAUCAUCGCACUCAUGGUUAAGAACUGCUGCGGAGGACGUUCUCGGGGAAAGGAUCACGAAAAGAGUCUCGCUUGA